AUGACUUGGUAUAAAAGUUUACCCGACAAAUCCAUCACUUCCUGGAAGGUGCUCGGAAAACUUUUCUCCAGGCACUUCACAGCCUCCCAGAGACACCCCAAAUCUGAAGCCUCGUUGGAAGCCAUCAUCCAAGGAAAAGACGAGUCUUUGCGGGCUUAUAUUGAAAGAUUCAACAAAGAAGUCGUGCAAUAUGAGGAGAAAGAAGCCGCUCACGCUGUCCGUAACUCCAGGCAAGAAGAGAGCAGUAAAAAUGCCCGCCAAGAUGAUUCCCGCCAGGGAACAGACAAAAAGAAGGACGACAAAGGCCGGGACCCCAAGGAUUACAAAACCCCAGUUGGCAAAUUCCAAGAAUCCACCCCGCAGAACGCUUCAAGGGAACGCUUCUUAAAUGAAUGCGCGAACGCCGAAUUUCAGACGGGCAAGGUCUGUUUCCCAAAGACCAUGCCAGCACGGCCAAACAUGGAUAAAUCGAAGUUCUGCCGAUUCCACAAAGGUCACGGGCACAACACUGAAGAAUGCAUCUAUCUGAAGGACGCAAUAGAGAUAUUAAUACGGGAGGGACACCUGAAACAAUACGCAAAGAAGCAAGAGGCUGCCAAAGAAGCUAAAUCGAUCACCGAGGAAAAGCCGUCGGAGGACACGCCCGCCAUGCAAGUGGCCAUGAGCGUCACCAGGCCUGAAGAUUUUUACCUCCCUGAUUGGGCCAAGUCAGCAACCACCCCGUCCCCUUACAGCUCUUGGGAAAUGUUCCCGUCCGCCAUGGUCAUAUCCGGCGGGGGAUUCAGCAAGCUCACCGUCGGAUCUGUAAAAUGCAAAUUCGACGAGCUGAUCUCAGCCAGUGCAAACAAAGCCUCUAUUCUCGACCACGCCAAAGGCAGCCCAUCCUCCAUAUUCUUCUACAAAGAAGAGUUGCCCGGAGGAGCAACCAACGCAACCAUUCCCCUUCUCAUCCGGGCUCGGAUGGCCAACUUUGAUGUGCGGCGCAUAUUGGUCGUCCAAGGAAGUUCAGUGGACAUCAUGUACUCCCAACUAUUCAAAACACUGCAACUUAAUGACAGCCACCUCACCCCAUACGUAGGAUCAGACCUGCAAGGCUUCAACGACACGGUGACUAAGCCAUGGGGUUUCGUGGAGCUCAUAGUUUCAAUCGGAUCGGCGAAAACCACGAGGGCCGUUAAAGUCCAGUUCCUGGUCAUCGACUGCCCAUCGAUAUACCAGGGAAUCCUUGAACGCCCAACCCUAGCCGAAUUAAUCGCGGUCCCCUCAACCGUGCACCUCAAGCUUAAAUACUAUACGACCAAAGGACAAGUCGCAAUACUCAACGGUGAUAUUGAAGUGGCCAGGAGAUGCUUCGAAGCCUCCGCCAAAGGCCUGAGCACGAUAAAGACACCGGCCCAAGACAAAACAGCGACUAGCGCAGUCUCCGAGACCAACAAAUUAAUGUCCCGCAUCGACACUGUCGACCUCGACAGUCGUUUUCAGGAAGAAUCCGAGCAGAGCAUAAACACAGGUACAUCAGAAGGGAUCCUCAGGCCAAUUCCAGACGGAAACUUCGAACUCGUGGCCCUCCGAGAAGAUCCAACCAAGGGAGUCAAGAUCGGAGUGGACCUGCCGGACCUAGCCAAAAGACAACUCAAAGCUUGCCUCCGCGAAAACGCCGACCUAUUCGCCUGGAGCACCGACGUGAUGCCCGGGCUCGAUCCAGAAGUAGCUUGCCAUCACCUGACUAUCGACCCCGCUUGCAAGGUCGUCGCUCAGAGAAGAAGAAAACAAUCACCAGGGAAAACGGUUGUGGCCGAACUAGCUGUAAAAGACCUCCUAGAGGCCAAAUUUAUAUCUGAGGCCAAGGCUUGCCCAAAAGAUGCUUACCCUCUGCCCAAUAUAGAUAAACUAGUCGAUAAUUUCGCCGGUUUUAAAUUACUUUCAUUUAUGGACGCAUACUCCGGGUACAAUCAAAUACCCAUGGCUAAAAUUGACAAGAAAUACACGGCCUUCAUGACCGAAUCGGGUAACUACUAUUACAACGUAAUGCCCUUCGGUUCGAAAAAUGUCGGCGCAACAUACCAGCGCAUGAUGAACAAAGUGUUCCGAGCUGAAAUAGGAGACAUGCUCGAAGUCUAUAUGGACGAUAUGAUCGUCAAAUCCCAAAAAGAAACUGAUCAUGCCGCCCAUCUCAAAAAGGUUUUCGAGCAAGCCCGAAAAUGCAAGAUGAGGUUCAACCCUGAGAAAUGUACGUUCGGCGUUCGAGCAGGAAAAUUCCUCGGUUUUUACUUAACGGAAAGAGGAAUCGAAGCCAACCCGGAUAAAUGCAGGGAUUUUUCGGAUUUUCCCACCCCGAGCUCAAAAAAGUCAAUCCAAACCCUGAACGGCAUGCUCACGUCACUAUCCAGGUUUGUGGCCAAAUCCGCCCAACACGCCCUUCCCUUGUUUAGACUCUUGCGCAAGGAAACCAUCUUCGAAUGGACGGAAGAGUGUGAGCGCGCCUUCUCCCAUCUCAAGCAAGCCCUUUCCAGCCCACCGGUCUUAUCCCGGCCUGAGGCCGGAGAAAUCCUAUACCUCUAUCUUGCCGUAUCCACCAAGGCCGUCAGCGCGGCCCUAAUACGAAAAACCCCAGAAGGCCAGAAACCCAUUUACUUCACAAGCAAAGCACUCCAGGGCCCCGAGGUCAGAUACCAACAAAUCAAAAAGGUUGGAAUCGCAUUAAUAACCGCAGCCCGGAGACUCAGGCACUAUUUCCUAGCCUAUACCAUAGUCGUGCGAACCGAGCAACCCGUGAAACAAUUGCUUGCACGCCCCGAUAUGGCCGGAAGGAUGCUCCGUUGGUCAUUAGAGCUUGCAGAGUUCGACAUCAAGUAUGAAGAAAGAAAAUCCCUUAAGGCACGGGUCUUGGCAGAUUUCAUGGCCAAAAUGGCCUUCCCCGAAACAACAAACAACAACGCCCGGAGAUGGACCUUAUACGUGGACGGAGCGUCAAGCUCAACUGGUACCGGAGCAUGGAUCAUUCUAGAAAACGGGGAAGGAACCCUCAUAGAAGUAUCCCUCUCGCUCUCAUUCCCAAUGUCCAACAACCAAGCCGAGUAUGAGGCCCUGCUUGCCGGACUGCGCCUCGCAAACUACUUAGAAGCCGAGGAAAUUGAGGUAUUCACUGACUCUCAACUGGUCGCAUCCCAUAUCUCAGGCAAAUAUCAGGUCAAAAGCGAAGCCCUCGUUGAAUAUCUGGCCCUUAUACGAGAAAGACUAACCCGAUUCAGCAGCGCCAAAGUAAAACACAUCCCAAGGGAACACAACUCCCGGGCAGACGUCCUAUCGAAACUAGCUAGUACGAGGAAGAAAGGGGGCAACAAAUCCGUAAUCCAGGAAAUAUUGCCAAAACCCAACACUGAAUCUUCAUCCGUGCUAACACUCGUAAACGCGAUAGGGGAUGCGUCUUGCUGGAUGACCCCCGUAUAUAAUUACCUAACUAGCGACCUCCUGCCCACCGAUCCCAAAGAGGCCUCCGUAAUCGGAAGGAGAGCCUGCUCGUACGUCUUGGUCGAAAAUCGCCUCUACCAACGAGGAUUUUCCAUACCCCUCCUCAAAUGCAUAGACGAGGGCACGGUUCCCCACAUACUCCGAGAGAUACACGAAGGAAUCAACUCGCAACACUUAGGAGGGAGAUCUCUCGCCCGGAAAGCCCUCUGA